CCUGUCGCCUCCGCCCGCUGUCUGCGCCCGGUGAUCGAGGGCCGGGGGCGGCGUCACCGCGGCCCUGCCCUCUGACCCCCGUCCUGUGGGCCAUCCCGGGCUGUCGCGUGUUCCUGGAGGUAGUGGUUCUCCCCCUGCUUUGAACGUGUGUCUACGCUCAGAUUUGGGAGAAGUGGCCCCAGAAUUAAAAGCAUCCGAGGGACGAACAGCUGUGGCCAUUGCAGAUUGGAAUGGAGAGAAAUGGAAGGAGAUGAUUGCGAGUUUCAUUAUGGAGACGGUACAAACGAGGCUCAGGACAGUGACUUCCCAACAGUGGAGAGGAGCAGACUGCAGGAAAUGCUGGCACUGCUGGGACUAGAGACGUACCAGGGGCAGAAACUCAGCCUCCAGGACUCCUUGCAGAUCAGCAGUGACAGCAUGAAGAACUGGGCCCCCCAGGCCCCCAAAGACCUGCCCUGGAGCUUCCUCAGGAAGCUGCAGGCCCUCAACACCGAGGCCAGGAGCACCACCAUGGUGCUGGACGUGCCCCCGGACACCAGGCCUGCGGAGAAGGAGAGCCAGAUGGAGGAGGAGAUCGUGUACUGGGACACGGCUGACGACAUCUCUGCCGACAUCUACUCCUUCUCCGAGCUGCCCACGCCCGACACGCCCGUGAACCCCUUGGACCUCCUCUGCGCCCUUCUGCAUUCCUCCGACAGCUUCCUGCAGCAAGAGAUCGUGUUAAAAAUGGCCCUCUGCCAGUUUGCACUCCCGCUGGUGUUGCCCGACUCGGAAAACCACGACCACGUGUUUCUGCUGUGGGCCCUGCGGGGCACGGUGCGGACUUGCUGGCCGCAGCCCCCCAGGGCGGCGGGCAGCUUCCGAGAGGACAGCGUGGUCCUGGCCCGGGCGCCGGCCUUCGCCUUCGUGCGCAUGGAGGUGAGCACCAACUCCAAGUCGCAGCUGCUCAACGCCGUGCUGAGCCCCGGCCACCGGCAGCGGGACUGCUUCUGGCACCGGGAUCUGAACUUGGGCACCAACCCCCGGGAGAUUGCAGACGGGCUGGUGGAAAUUUCCUGGUUUCUCCCCAGCGGCAGGGAGGACGUGGACAUCUUCCCGGAGCCGGUGGCCUUUCUGAACCUGCGAGGGGACAUUGGGUCUCACUGGCUGCAGUUCAAGCUCCUGACGGAGAUCUCCUCGGCCGUGUUCAUCCUGACGGACAACAUCAGCAAGAAGGAGUACAAACUGCUGUCCUCCGUCAAGGGCUCGGCCACGAAAUACUACUUCAUCCUGAGCCCCUACCGGGGCAAGCGGAACACGAACCUGCGCUUUCUGAACAGGCUGAUUCCCGUGCUGAGGAUGGACCACUCGCACGUGCUGGUCAAGGUCAGCAGCACGGACGGCGCGGGCUUCGUGCGCAGGGUGCGCGCCAUCGUGGCGCACGUGACGCGGUCGCCCUGCCGGAGGCUGUCGGUGGAGGACAUGGCGGGCGCGGCCCGCAAGCUGGGGCUGCGGGUGGACGAGGACUGCGAGGAGUGUCAGCGCGCAAAGGACCGCAUGGAGCGGAUCACCCGCAAGAUCAAAGACGCGGACGCCUACCGGAGGGACGAGCUGAGGCUGCAGGGGGACCCGUGGCGGAAGGCAGCCCAGGUGGAGAGGGAGCUGUGCCAGGUCCAGUGGGCGGCGGAGCCCCCCGAGAAGCACCGGGCGGAGCUGCGGCAUCGGUUGCUGGAGCUGCGCAUGCAGCAGAACGGCCACGCGCCCCCCUGGGGGUUGCAGGAGUUCGUCUGGGGCAUCAGCAGCCCCUCCGCGGGUGAGAGGCAGUACUUCCUGAGGUGGAUGGAGUGGGGGCUGGCCCGGCUGGCCCCGCCGAGGCCCAGGCCGGCCCCGGAGGCGAUUCUCGCCCUGCGGCCCAAGCACUGCGGGGCCGCGGACCUCAUGGUGGUGCUGUCGGCGCUCGGCGUGCCGGGCACGGGCAAGUCCACGCUGCUCAACACCAUGUUUGGGCUGCGCUUCGCCACGGGAAGGGGCUGCGGUCCUCGGGGGGCCUUCAUGCAGCUGAUCACGGUGGCCGAGAGCUUCAGCCAGGACCUGGGCUGCGACCACAUCCUGGUGAUAGACUCCGGGGGCGUGGUCGGCGGGGUCCUGAGCGAGGCCGGGGACAGGCUCGAGCGCGAGGCCUCCCUGGCCACGCUGAUCAUGGGGCUGAGCAAUGUCACCGUGGUCAGCUUGGCGGAAACGAGGGACAUCCCGCCGGCUAUCCUGCACGCGUUUCUGAGGCUGGAGAAGACGGGGCACAUGCCCAACUGUCAGUUUGUGUACCAGAACCUUCACGAUGUGUCCGCUCCCGGCUCCAAGCCGAGGGAGAGGCGGCAGCUCCUGGAUCAGCCCGGCGACGUGAGCAGGGCCGCGGCGCAGAUGGAGAAGCAGGGCGACGGGCUCCGGACGCUGGCCGACCUGACCUUUUGUGACCCCGAGAAGCAGCACAUUUGGCACAUCCCUGGCCUGUGGCACGGGGUGCCUCCCAUGGCCGCUGUGAGCUCGGGGUACAGCGAAGCCAUUUUUGAGUUGAAGAGGUGCUUGCUGGAAAACAUCAGGAAUGGCCUCUCCAACCAGAACAAGGACAUUCAGCAGCUCCUCGAGCUGGUAAGACGGCUGUGAGUGGUCGGCAGAAGGCCAGCUGCCAGAGGCCCGCGGUGAGCCGCCUGUCCUGGUGCGAGCGCGUCCCCGUGGGGCGGUGCCCGGCCCCUGGGAGGGAAGGCAAGUGGGAGUUGCCCGAACAGUGUUAGGAAAGGAAGUCACCUCACAGAGCAGCUCGGAGAUGCUCUCGGGAGUGUAACAACCCUGGGGCAGGCGGUGUAGACGCGAGCAGUCACUUGCUCUUUGUCUCUGAACUCCUCUCGAGGCCAAAGCAUUUUGCAUAGCUGCUCUCUGUCGUUUGCAUCUGGCGGGGAGAGUGGCUCCUGGCCACGGCAGCCCGGGCAGGUGGCACCCGGGAUAGGGCCGGGAAGGUGCCCCGAGGAAGCAGAGCGAGGCAGGCGUUCCCUCCAGGGAGCCUGCCCCUUGAGUGAGUGCCCGCGGUGUGCGAGGGCUCCCGUGGCACCCUGUUUAUGGACCGAGCCCGCCCCGGGGAAGAGGCCCCGUUGGCUCUGUCGCACGCCCAGCACUUUGUUCAAACCCCUGCCACAACACUCAGCACGCGCGUCGUGACUUCCCCGUGCACGCGUCUGCCUCUCCCCUAGACCUGUGAGCUCCUUGAGAUCAGGGGCCUUACAUCACCCAACUCUGUACCCCCGGGGCCGGGCACACUGUAGGCACUCAAUAAAUGUGUGUUGAAUGAA